AUGGUUAUAUCAAAAAAUGCAACCAGUCUUGCGCAAGGGAUAGCUUCCGUCUUGCCUCAAAGGCUUUGGUAUGCCGUGUACAGUGCCGCUGCCCUUGUCUUGAUCCAGGUCGGAAUAGGCAUCGUUCUGAAAGCCGCGCAAACCGACAAUCAUUAUGCGUUUUCACCGUCGUCAUCCGUCACCAUCUCCGAAUUCUUGAAGAUGCUUUUGGCGAUGGGCUUCUUUUAUCGCGAGUGGGCGGCAAAAGUGGCACAAAACGCAGGGCGAGCCUAUCUGCCAAUUUCCACAUCUCACGACUCUUUUCCACUGAGAUAUGAGAUGGAAAGGCCACUCGAGGAAAACGACAAGCAACGCGAGAUGGGGGACGAGGCUCUUCCGCAAAACGGGCUCUGGGUAGAUCCUUCUUUCUUGACAGCCAUAAGGAAGGAAGUAUCUACUGAUAUCGCGUUUGGCCUGGGCCUCUUGUCGCUUUUCUACGUACUUAUUAACAACUUGGUUUUCGUCAGUUACCAAGUUGCCGACCCGGCGACCAUCUCAUUGACCAAGAGUGGUGUAACGUGCAUCACGGCUUUAGUCCUAAUGUUCACGCUCAACACAAAAAUCACUGGCACCCAGUGGCUUGCUAUCGUCCUGCAGGUUUGCGGCUUACUCGUUACACAAUAUGAUCCGACGGCCGGUGGUGUGUACUCGGUCGGAGUAUACCUCCUCCUGAUUUUUCAAGUGUUUCUGAGUGCAGUAUCUGGCGUUGUCAAUCAAGGCCUCCUGCAAGCGAGCAAUGCCAGCUUACAUGCAAGCAAUAUCAUCCUGUACGGCUCUGGUGCAUGGAGUAACUUGCUGUGCCACGUGCUCUUGAGAGCUACCAAGCCAGAUGAACCGGGCUUUUUUGAGGGUAUUCUGCUCCUGGCAUCGCUUGCGCCGCUGAAUCCUAACGACGAAGCAGAUGCCAACGCAAUUGUUAAAUGUCUCGCAACGGCCAUUGCCACGGCCAUACUCAUCUUUCUCUCGCCAAUGUUUUUUGGAACGACUUUCAACUUCUUGAUCGUCCCUGGAUCGAUAGUCGUGUUUGGCGCUUCAUGGCUGUACGCGAUGAAUCCAACACCAAAGCCCAACAAGAACGGCUCGCAUGCAAGCAACUCCCAACACCGCCCUUGGACCUCCUCACUGCUGAAACUGCGGAGAUCCUAUCUAGUCCUGUAUGGAAUAGCUCAACUCAUCACUUUGGCCAUGAUAGCUGCCAUGUCCAUGUCCAGUUUCUCGGCUUCUGAUGCGGUCGGCGGUGCGUCUGCGGCCGUCACCUCACCGUUCGAAAAGACACUCGCGUUCGUUCGCUGGAACGGAGCGCGCCCGGAACGCAUCCCGCACGUUAUGAAAUACAAGCCUUUCUUCCAUACUAUGCACAUCUCCAUGCCGAACGAGACGACUCCAGGGCUGGGAUUAAAUAAAACAAGCCUAACGGAAGACGCGGCCAAUAUCACUCCCCUCAUCUACCGCCAAGUGGCGUUUACAAUGCAAGUCAUUUUAGAUACACAGCCUGAGAUAACGGGUCUUUUCUAUUUUCAUUUCGAUUCUUGGAUCGACCCCCUUGCGUGGAGUGAUAUGAACUUGGAAAACAUGUACUUUCCCUUUUUAACAGACAAGACCAAAGAACCGUUUACGAUAUGCAUGAGUGACACCGCGAAGCAGGGCUGGUGGGGGUGGGAUAGAGAUGUUCACCAAACCGCAAUGAACGCAGCCUCGGCAGCCAGGUCAAGCCCCUUGACCAGAAACUACACAGUAAACGAUCGUGAGUGGUGCUUAGGAUGGAGCGAUAUAUAUUACAUACCGAGACGUUUCUUUCAAGAUUACAUUCGCCUCUCGGACGUCUUCUCAAACCCCCAGUUCAAUGUUUUCCACGAGGUGGCAAUACCAACCAUCGUCCACAUCAUCGAUAAUAGCAAUCGCAAAAACCCUCACGUUCCAGUCGUUAAUCACAUUAGCGAUUGCUGGGGUGACUGCUGCAGUUCGAACCCUUCUGUGGACGAUGUACUUAGGUAUCCUUGUGGGCAUCGUCUGGACUAUCUCAAUGAGAUGGUAACGGAGGCUUUCUAUGCGAAGCUAGCUAGUGAAGCAUCUCUAUUAAGAAGACGCAAAUAG